GUCGAGUUUGAACUUCAACAGGUGUUAAAACGCAUUCGUUACGAGAGCAACGGUACCGCACACGAUAUAUCGCGAUCAUAUUACAAUUUGGAUUACUUCGCUUCAUUCGAGAGCAACGUAUUUAACGCAGCCCCCAAAAACACGUAAGUUAACAUUAAAGAUGGGUCGCCAGUCAAGACUGGUGUUGCUGCUGGCCAUCUCCCUGGCUGUGCUGCAUGUGAGCCACUCGAUCAAGGCCGCCAGGACAGUGCCCGAUGAGCCGCUGAGCAAUGAAAUCUUUUCCGACGAGGAGCUCGAUGCUAAAAAGGUAGGCAUCAAAAUUUCCACGCCCAAGGUGAAGGAGCUGCCCGUCGAUACGACAACAACAAGGGCAAAGAAGUCAGAGAGCUUGGCCUCAAGGCUGCCGGUCAGCGAUGAGACAUUGAACGAUCUGGUGGAGGCAGCCAAGCACAGUGUUGCCCUCGCUGAGGAUCCGCGCUUCAACAAAAUGCUGCCGGACCGUCUAAAGCCGGAGAAUGCCACGAGCAGCAAGAACAGCACCGACGAGAACUACGAGUAUGAUGAGAAUUACGAUUAUGAUAUGUACAACUACGACAGCUCCGAGUCCGAGCAAGACGACGACGAUGUCAAGGAUACGACCAGCGUGCGCCCCAAAAAGGCCAAGCCCAGUAAGACGAGCACGCCCAAGCUGCAUCCCAUUGAGGAAAGCACCUCCUCCAAGGCCAAGAUCAGCGAGGAUGAUGUUAAUGACAAUAAAAUUGAUAGCGACUCAGCCUCUGUAAAUCAGGACGAUAUUGGGGUUGAUGAAGAUGAUGAUGAUGAUGAUGAUGACGACGAGGAUGAUGAUGAUGAUGACUCCGACUUUGACGACGAGACGGACAAGCUGACGGAUGAGGAGCAGGUCGUCUUUAGCGAGAAUGUACCGUGCCCCAGGUACUGCACCUGCUCGCAUAACAUCAACAGCUACCUGGUGGCCACCUGCAGCAGAUUGGACCCUGGCACGCAAAAGUUCGGCUCGGAUAUCACCGAUUUGGUGGUUACUAAUGUGGGUCCCAAAUACCCAAUCUUGCUGGGCCCCAAGUUUUUCCUGCAGCUGGGCUUGAAGUAUGUUGCCUCUAUCAAGAUCGCCAAUUGCACCAUCGAAUACAUGCACCCGGAGGCUUUCCAUGGCUUGGAUGAGCUUUAUGCCGUCAAUAUGACUGAUGUUGGGGUGGCAAUUAUUAAUCCGGACACAUUUGCCCAGAACAAGAAGCUGCGCAUGCUGACCAUCUCCGGAAACGAUCUGAGCGUUAUGUCCACUCUCCAUUACCUGAUAAAGUCUUCCAGCAUCGAGGAGCUGGACCUUUCGCGCAACAAUCUAAUGGAGUUGAAUCCCAGCGCGUUUUCGAAGCUCACCAACAUAGUAUACAUAAGCCUGGCCCAGAAUAACUUGCAGAAGAUACCCGAGAAUGUAUUCGAGACAGUUGACAGCAUCGAAGAACUGGACUUGUCCUACAAUUCGCUGAAGGAACUUCCAGCCAACGUCUUCAAUGGCACAGCUUUGUCGAUAUUACAUCUGAAGUAUAAUUCUUUCACUGGCGAUUUGCACUUUGGAGUGAAGGACCUUCAGCAAUUGGACUUGAGCUUCAAUUCCAUUGUUCAUGUGCAUCAUAGCAUGUUUGACAAAAUGCCCGGUUUGACUAAUCUGAAUCUGAAGGGCAAUGGCAUCACCAAAAUUCAGCCAGACUCAUUCCUUACGCUGGAGACCCUGCGCCACAUUGACUUGUCAAUGAACGAACUGGACCAGGUCUCCAGCAUGCUGUUCUUCAAGAACGCAGAGCUGGACGUUAUUCGACUGAAUGACAAUCCCCGAUUGAGUCAGCUGCCAACUGACGGUUUCCUUAGCUCGAACGGCAUCUUCACCGUCUACUAUUUGGAUCUUUCUAGCUGUGCCGUUGGCGCUCUGGGACACAAGACCUUCUCGACAAUGCCGCACUUGACCACACUGAAGCUGGCCUGGAACAACAUUAACAAUCUGCCCCAGGCAACGUUCGCCAAUCUUACCAAGCUCAUUGACCUGGACUUGAGCAACAAUCUGAUUUCACAAUUUGAUGAUCUCCUCUUUAUUGAAAACAACGAGAUUACUAAGCUUAACCUGGCCGGCAACCCCAUUACCAAACUAUCUGUGCGCCUUUUCAUGCCACUCCGACAGCUCCGAUCUCUUGACGUGAACGACUGUGAACUGACCUCGUUGCUCACCGACAAACAGUUCGGUGUCGACUAUAAGUUCUUUGAGACUCUGCGCUCCUUCAAUGCGUCCAACAAUUCGAUCAAGAGGAUAUCCGAGUCUGAUGUUAAGGUCUUUAAGAACCUGCGCUCUUUGGAUAUUACCCAUAAUCCAUUGAAGUGCGAUGAGGACUUCCAACAAUUUAUCAGCUAUGUCUCGUUGCACACACAAAUGAUGCCCAAGAAAAUGCCAGCGCUGGCCAAUCUGGAGGAUCUCGCCUCCGUCUUUCAAAUUGAAUCGCAGGUCGGUUGGGCGCAGCUGGCUCAGGAGGUAUGCAGGCACAGUAAUAUAUCAACCGAUGAGGAAGAGGAUCUGGAGAAGCGCUUAGAGGAGAGCGAGAAGAAACUGGACGAUGACGAAAACCAGUUGCUCAGCGUUAUGGACAAGAGCGUCCUGGAUAAGACCAAGCUGAGCAACAUGCAAAACAUAAUGAAGGGCUCGGCUAGCUCUGAAGACAAAGAUAAGGAUAAGGACUCCGACAGCGCUGAGGAGGACCUGAACAAUGGCGGCGAGGAAAAAGAAACCAAUGACUUCGCAUACGAGGACAGCGAGUACGAUGAUGAUAGCGACAGCGAUGAAGAGGAUGAUGAGCAGACCAACAAGCAGAAUGAAAAGACAAAGACCGAAAACGCUUUCAAGAAAUACAUCGAAACCGAACUGAAGCCCAUGAUCAAGGAUCAGGGUCUUAAGGUUGAGGAGGUGGAUAUUUCUAAGGAAACCAACGAAACCUUCAUGCUAGACAAGCUCGGCAUUGACAGCGAUGAGGAGGAGAUCAUCAUUGAGCGUGGUCGCAUUUACUACAACAGCUCCAACUAUUUAAUACCAACCAUUAUUGUGGUCACCUGCCUGCUAGUGAUUCUCCUGGGCCUCGCCAAGAUGGUCGCUAUGAUUCUGCGCAAGCGCGGCGAACGCUAUCGUAUGGCCAUAUUGGCAUCGAAGAACUCCUUCGUGUACCAGAAACUCACCGAGGAUAUUGUGAAACCGACUAGCAACGAGCCAAAACAACCAAAGGUGCACCGAUACGCGCCCAUCAAUCAGGUCUAAGUCCCAACCGCACAGCAGUUAGUUAGCAGUUAGCUCCGGGGACUUCGUUUGAGUGCGGAGCGCGGUAGUCGAGUGUGUUGCGCUGUUUUUUUAAUUUAUAAGUUAAUUCAUAGUUAAACACGUGGAAAUUCCAAGCAAAAGGUCAUGAAAUACAAAAUACAAGAACAACAAA